AUGAAGGAUCGGGUCAAAAAAGGUGUUUCAUCUCUGCAAGAAGCACUGGCGCUUCUUGAAGAGCUUGAGAGAGCUACUGGCUAUCAUACUGAAUACUUCUCGCAGCAGUGGGAACGUCAGAAGACUUGCCAACGGGAAUAUAUGGGCAAUACAAACAUCCAACACCUCGAGUUACGUUUAGGACGCCUGAUUGACCUUGAGGAGAGCUUUCAAGAAGCUUAUUAUAAAACGUCUCAUUUUCAAAGCGAACGGAUGGAUCAACUUCGACGACAGCGACGAAGAAAUAUGUCCGAUGCCGAAUUUGCUGAGUUGCGAUCGUUACCCGGCAUACUGGCUGAUCUGGCUGAAGCCAUCCAAGAGAUCACGGCUGAGUUGGGUGGUCCCGAGUUUCAAGAUAUGGCAGCAGCAACUGAUCCUCUUGCUCGUGCUUGUUUCCAAGUUCGCUUGGCCAAAGAAAACCUUUACGAAGCAAAGGUCGGCGUAAUCGAACAUCAGAAGAGGUGGAAUAAAGCGGAUCAGGCAGCGAUUCAAAACCACCAUGAACACACGAGUUGCCACUGUCAAGCGUAA